UCCAUAAACCAGAAGCAAAAACAGUGAAAAAUAAUGUACAAGUCACGGCUUCAAGAGCUCUGUCACCAGCGAUCAUUCAACUUACCGGAAUACACGUCAACCAAACAGGGCCCGGACCACAACCCUCGCUUUCAAGCUACUGUUACCGUCAACGACAUCCUUUUCACCACUCCCAAUCUCUGCAGAUCAUCCAAGGAGGCCCAAAACACCGCCGCCCGACUCGCUUUUGAACACUUCUCUUCUUCUCAGCCCGCCGUUUCAUCCUCUUCUGGAUCUUCAAGUGCUAGCUCAGUGCUAAUUAAUGUGCCACAAACAGAUCAAAGUCCUCAAGUCAGUGCAACCACCUCAGUGGUCAAAGAUGAUUACAGAUUUAGAGGUCAAACUCCUCAAGUUGAUGCAGCCACCUCAAGUGGCAAAGAUGUUUUUGGAUCAAGAGAUGAAACUGCUCUUUUCAAUGCAAACUCCUUAGUGGUCAAAGAUGUUUGCAGAUCAAGAGGGUCAGCAAGUGCUAGUACAUUGCAAAUGAAUAUACAACAAACAGAUCAAACUCCUCAGGUUAGUGCAGCAACCUCGGUCAUCAAAGAUGAUAACAGAUUAAGAGGUCAAACUCCUCAAGUCAAUGCAGCCACCUUAAUUGGGAACGACGUUUACGGAUCAAGAGAUCAAACUCCUCUGGUCAAUGCAACCUCCUCAGUUGUCAAAGAUGUUUGCAGAUCAAGAGAUACGUUACACCUGUACAAGAACCAGCUACAAAGCUAUGCGCAAAAGAGAAAUCUUGCAUUUCCUAUAUAUUCUUGUGAGCGGGAAGGUCCUCCUCAUGCUAGUUGCUUUAAGUGUAAGGUCACAGUUGGUGGACAGAGUUACGAGUGUCAGGAGUUUUUCCCCACAUUAAAGGAAGCUGAGCAUGGAGCAGCAAAAGUUGCUCUAAUGUCAUUGUCUUCAGAUGGAGUUCAAGAGGAUGAGUCUGGUUUCUACAAGAACCUUUUACAAGAAUUGGCUCAGAAAGAAGGUUAUGCUUUGCCUGUUUAUCAUACAAAUCGAACUGGUGAAGCUCACGCACCAACUUUUGUUUCAACUGUUGAGGUAGAAGCAGAAGUUUUUACUGGGCAGGAAGCAAAGACGAAGAAGCAGGCUGAGAUGAGUGCAGCAAAAGUUGCUUACCUGACUCUCAAAGAACGUAAACCAACUCAGAGGCCAACAGUUCUUUCAGCAGCCAUCCAAGCACAAGCUGACUACAAAUAUUCCAGCUUGCAAUCAAAUUUAACUAAUGAUGUUCAUCAUAAGAACCAACCUACAGGUCACGUGGUACUUAAUCAAAGUUCAGUUGAAGCUGAAGAGGGUAGAGUGAACGGUGACGUCAGCAGUCAACAUCUCAUCGAUGCAUUUCCACAACCAGUGAUUGAUCCGAAUUGGAAGAGAGAAUCGUCUCCAUCUUUCCCAUCUGCUCCUUCAACGCCGGAUAAUACCCCCCCUUCAUCUUCUUUGCAUUCUGAUAGCUCUGCUAAUGUAGUUCCUGAAUCUAGUAUUGGAGCAGGAGUUGGAACACAUACCUCUACCGAUACCUCUACCGGCACAAGAAUUAGAGUUUGCCCAAGCACGCCUAACAUGAUAUUUCCCAGAGGCAGCACGUUGUUGCGAAGUGACGAUAAGUGGGUUGCCUUAAAGUUUGGAUGUCAAUCAAAUCAAUGAAGUAAAUAUCUUAGCUUACAUACUUCAUUGCUAACUGUGAGGCUUCGGAGCUCACAUUAUGGGUGGAAACCAAGUACUGCAUAUGUGACUAAUUAUUUCAACGUAGGAAUGGCUAAUACUGGUGGAUUAUGCUUUUCUUGAACAUUGAAUUAGAUACCCACCAGAGCAUAAUGAAGUCUGCCUAUACUAAUGUUAUUUAUUUGUAUUCUCAUAAUGAAGUAUGACAUUGGAUCAGAUUGAUCCGGGGUUGAACUGGUGGGAACAAUGUUGAAUUGCGAUUCCACCAUUGGGUCAGAGAACUGGUGGCUAAAUCGGAUUACUAAAAUGUAGUUUCAAAUUUUCAAUUUCAAAUGAUAUCAUGUUAAUGUCAA